AUGCCCAAAACACGCCGUAAACCAACUACGAAAAUCCGUGAUUUGCACCGACGCGUCGCCGUCACUUCCGUCGGAUCGAAAUCUCUGUCGACUUCACCUCAUUUGAUUGGUGAUUACACCGUAAUUGAUCACACGUACGAUGCCGUCGUCGUCGGUGCCGGCGGCUCCGGAUUGCGUGCCGCCAUGGGCCUGUCCGAAGCCGGAUUCAAGACUGCGUGUGUGACCAAACUCUUCCCUACACGCAGUCACACCGUUGCCGCGCAAGGAGGCAUCAACGCUGCGUUGGGAAAUAUGGGCGAGGAUGAUUGGCGCUGGCACAUGUACGAUACCGUCAAGGGUAGUGAUUGGUUGGGUGAUCAAGACGCCAUUCAUUACAUGUGUCGAGAGGCUCCCAAAGCAGUUUUGGAACUGGAGGAAUUCGGUAUGCCCUUUUCCCGUACCGAAGAAGGCAAAAUUUACCAACGUGCCUUUGGCGGACAGAGUCUGGAUUUCGGUAAGGGUGGACAGGCCUACCGCUGUGCGGCCGCCGCCGAUCGUACCGGCCACGCCAUGCUGCACACGCUCUAUGGACGUUCUCUCGCCUUCGAUACGACAUACUUUAUUGAAUACUUCGCCAUGGAUCUACUCAUGAACGAUCAAGGUGAAUGCGUCGGAGUUGUGGCCCUCAACAUGGAAGACGGCACCAUUCAUCGCAUACACGCCAAGAAUACCGUCCUGGCCACGGGUGGCUACGGACGAACCUACUUCUCGUGCACCUCCGCUCACACGUGCACGGGCGACGGUAACGCCAUGGCCAUGCGGCAGGGCCUGUCCAACCAGGACAACGAGUUUGUGCAGUUCCAUCCGACCGGAAUUUACGGAGCUGGCUGUCUCAUCACGGAAGGCUGUCGCGGAGAAGGUGGUAUUCUGCGCAAUUCUGAAGGUGAAAGAUUCAUGGAGCGAUAUGCCCCGUCGGCCAAAGAUCUGGCAUCGAGAGACGUCGUUUCACGUUCCAUGACCAUGGAAAUACGCGAGGGACGGGGUGCAGGUCCAAAGAAGGAUCACAUCUAUCUACACUUGGAUCAUCUUCCUCCGGAUCUCUUGGCAGAACGAUUGCCUGGAAUCAGCGAGACGGCUGCCAUUUUCGCCGGUGUUGACGUGACCAAGGAGCCUAUUCCUGUUUUGCCUACAGUUCAUUACAACAUGGGGGGUAUCCCGACCAAUCACUAUGGGGAAGUUAUCCGAACCAAGUUUGAUAAGGAUGGAAACUUUUCCAAAGACGAGGUUGUUCCGGGACUCUUUGCAUCGGGUGAAUCUGCGUGUGCUUCCGUUCACGGUGCCAAUCGGUUGGGAGCCAACUCUUUGCUAGACAUUGUUGUCUUUGGGCGUGCUUGUGCCAACCGCAUUGCCGAAAUCGCAAAACCCGGGGACAAGAUUGCCGAUGGUCCUUCCGAUGUUGGUUUUGGUAGCAUUGCCGAACUCGACAAGCUUCGAUACGCGGAAGGACAUGCCACAACUGCCGAUAUUCGCUCCGAAAUGCAAAGCGUGAUGCAGGAACACGCUGCCGUCUACCGCACUACCCAGACGCUGGCGGAAGGAAAGACCGCCAUUGACGGCGUCGUUGACAAAUUCAAAGACAUUGCCGUGACUGACAAGUCUCUGGUGUGGAACACGGAUUUGGUCGAAACUUUGGAGUUGCGCAACUUAUUGGCCUGCGCAUCGACCACCAUGUAUGGUGCCGAGAAUCGCAAGGAAAGUCGGGGUGCCCAUGCUCAUGAAGAUUAUCCCACGCGUGACGACGAAAAUUGGAUGAAGCACACAUUAUCUUACUUUGACGAAAGCACUGGACGGACCGAAAUCAAAUACCGUCCAAUCCAUUACUACACUCUGGACGAAGAUGAAUGUAAAACUGUCCCUCCGGUAGCUCGUGUUUACUGA